UUGAACAAAACAUGAAAAAUCGAAAAUGAAACGCAUGGAAAGGUCAUUUUCCGUGGUUUUCAUCAGUCUUUUUUUCUUUUCUCGCGGUCGAUUCAAUUUGUGAAUAUGUCCGGAGAAAGCUUCAUCGACAAUUUGAAGAAGGGAGUGUUUGGUAGUGUUCACCGGGACUUGAAAGAGUACUUAUCACCUCUUCUACUUACCAAGAGCAACCUGCCUGACACGAGCCUCCAACGCUAUGCCUACUCUGCUGCCAGAUAUCUCCAUGCGGCCAUCUCGACUCUCGACACCUGGCCUCCGCACCUUUUCCACCAACUUGUUGAUUCUGUCCACUUGUGUUGUCAGUGCAUCACAGAAACACAACAAUAUCUCAAGAGCCCCAAGGAACCACUGGCCAUUGCUAAGCUUGUUUAUCAUUUCAUAAACAAGCUCAGUAAGAAGGGUGCUCUGUGCGAUGUUCUUCGAUUGUCAGAAUUCUUACAUGUCCAGAUUGAGCCACUAGUCAAGUCCAUGUCAGACCAACAGACCACAAUAUUCUCGAUCGCUGGAACAAUACAUGCAAUGCUGUGGAAUAUAGCGGUCAGAAAUGGUGGAGACUCGGCCCCGCAUGUCCUUUUCCAGGUGUACACCUUGGCACUCAAGUUUUACUCCAUCAACAUGCAAACUCCUCAUAUCCUAGUCCAAAAAGCAAUUUUAGUGAUGAGUUUGUAUAAAAACUGCAGUUUCCCAGAUUCAAGUGAUGAGACAAACUCUGUGGCACUGGCAGUUGACUUGUUCGAUAGUGUAGUGGGCUCACUCAAGCAUAAACUGCAGGAGUUGAAUGAGUCUUCAGAUGACUUUGAUGACCACCUUCACGCUUUACUUGAAAUACAGCAGUUUGAAAUCCGCCACUUUAGUAGCAAUGGUAAAUUCAACCUCGCCAGAGAAAUUUGCCAGAUUUGUUCCGAGUUUUUAAACGAGGUGCACGAGAAGAAAGCCAGCAUUGCGGCCGCCUAUCGUGCGAGCUGUCGACUCUUGGAGGCUUCUUUUUCUCUCAGUUCAAUAUCCACGAAAGAUGGCUCUGUGGAGGAAAAGAAGAAGCUUGCUUGUGAUAUUUCAACAGCAAUUGAACUGAUUCGCUUCCCAUCUGCCCUCGGCCCAAGGACAUAUUUUACCAUCGUUGAGUCUCUCUUACAGCUUAAGGUUCAAAUCGAGAGUACUUAUGGUCAGUUGGGUGCCACGACGUACUCAAUACCAGAGAGUCUCGAGCAACCUCUCGACAUGUUACUCAGAGUGACUAUAGACAUAUUGCAGCGACAGAAAUGGGUGUAUCUUGAUCAAGUGAACUCAGCUAGUGACAAAGGUGCAGUAAAGAAGUUACAGACGACAGCAUUGAGGAUAGUCGAUGUGUCCACUUCUCUGCUUUAUAUGGAAUCUGGUCGAAUCAAGUCAAAACAACGAAAAGUUUCAAAUGCUGACUGUUCAGCGAAGGUUGACAGUUGCGUUGAGGUGCUGAAGACUAUGAAAGAUGUCCUGGACGACAUCUCCGUCCAUGGCAUGAGUGUUGCCGUUGUGCAGAGAUAUCACAUCCUCAUCUAUGUCGCUCAUCGCCUCGGAGGAUGUUGCUACAAUCGUGAGUUGUACAAGGAGGCGAUAGUGUUUUACAAACUGGCUGUGGAAUUCUGGGAGGACAUCAAAAACGAUACAUCACAGCAAGGUCUGCGCAGCAAAAGAGAAACGAGUGUUUGGAUCUGGCAUGUCUUCGAACCAUUGAGUGAUAGCCUGCGUCAAACGAGACAAACUGAGAAAGCAAUGAAUGCACUUGUGAAAGGUUUUCUUGCUGACCCAAGUCGUUCAGGUGUGGCUGCUGAGGCCUGGUACAGGAUCAAACGUCAAGUGAUGAACCAGGCAGAGGAAUACAGGAACACGAUCAAACUAAGGACAUUCCACCAGGCACUUCUUGGCGAACAUUGUGACCUGACCAAUGUCAACAUUGUUGACUUGAUGGAGAAAGAGCUUCACGUCUAUACCUAUAACCACAGAAUGGUUGAAGAAGCCCUGACUGUGAUCAGUGAGCUGCUUGUCCUGGUCAUGGACCCAGAGAAGAGAGCCAACAUAUUGAUCUCUAAAGCUCAGCAGUUGUGGAUGCAGGGGGAACAGGGAGACUGCAGUGAACAGUGCGAGUGUUUGGAUGAAGCUAUUGUCCUCCUGAACGAUGCAAUAAAGAGAGGAAACAGUGGUCUGGUUCUACUUGCCAAGGCAUUCCUAUGGACGUACAUCAUCAAGAUCUCUGAGAAGUGCCGCGAGAAGGCCAACAAAAUGAAAGAUGGCAACAUAAACAUGGAUGAUGAAGAAUCAAGUGGGACCACACCUCAGGAAGCAGACAAUACCAGCAAACCUACAACCUCUCAGAAGACGAAAUCUCUUGAAGAGAGCCUCUGUGAUCUCAUGACACUCCAUGAACAGAACACACUCCUCUGCUCAGUCGAUAAAGCUCUGGAAUACGCAACAGAGGCCUGUCGUGUCGAGGUGACUGACUACACCAACGAGAUUCUGGAGGUGUUGAGCAUAACCCAGGCCAUAUAUGCCCUCACUCAAAACCCCAUCAAAGAGUUACACUGCCUCAGCCUGCUGUCAUCUCUACUGAAACAGUCAAGGAAGAAAACUGCUGAAUUGAUGCGGACGGAAUCACGUCGUGUCAUCAUUCUCACCAAUCUCUGUCAGUUUGAAGCAGCCAGAGUGUUGCUAGCUGAGAUGAUUGCGCUGGAGAAGGGAGUUGACCUUGUAGGCACAGACAAGGAUAUUCCUGCCAUCCACGUUUUUCUGUUGACUCAGGCGCAGCUCUACCUGGUGACAGGCAAGGUUUCAGAAGGCUUUUCCUUACUCGAGCAAGUCAACCAACUGAAGACACGUCUCUGUAUCGAUGCACGGGCUGACAGGUCUCUCCUAGGCUGGUUCCAUCGUCUGCUCGCCCAAUACCUGGCCCUACCUCUGCACCAGUAUGGUGUUAAUCCCAAGAUGAUGGACUUUGAGUACGGUAAUGCGACGAGUCCACUCACUCACCUGACGGAGGCAGUCAUGCAUCACUCAUACGUGGUCAUGUUUCUCAUUGGAUGGAAUGCUGAGAAACUGGAAGUAGACAUUGGAAAACAGCCGAGAUACACAUCGCUGAUUGAGCAAUGGACCUCGUUGGACAACCUGCUCACCUCUCUCCAUGUAUGUGCCACCCUGAUGGUACGCACAGGGGAAGUCAGACAGAGCACAUAUUACCUCAAAGAAGGCCUCGAUAUCGCUCUAGCAUUCUCAUUACCAAAAAGGUGUGUUCAGUUCCUACUCGGGAAGACCAAGCUACAGGCUCUCCAACAUCAGAUCAACGAUGCCAAGCUCUCGCUCCAAGUGUCCCACAGAAUCCUGAACUUUCCCGACGGAUAUGUCAAGGAAACCGACCAAGAUGACACGGCAGACGUAGCAGCAAGUCCGAGGGAGGAGGAAUGCUUCGGUUUUGUUUGUGACGAAGAGGCUGAUGGCCUCUCUACACCUGAAUCUACUUGCCUUUAUCGUGAUGUACCACAACCGAUCGAGUUGUAUCGUUGUCCACCAGAUUGUACAUGUAGUUACUGCAAGGAUGUCGUGUUACUCUUGUUGAGGGUUAAUCAUUACUUGGCAUUCUCAGACACUUUCUCUAUGUUUGGCUACCCUGCUCCUGAUGAGUACCUCAUCGACUGCCAGCAACUACUUUCCAAGAUCCAAGCAAAGGUUAAUGUUUGUUUCAUGAAACUUGACAACAUUGGUUUUGGUGGAAAGAAGGACAUUCAACCUGAGCAUGAAUCAGCUGGUUUCUGUUUGACAUUGCAGCAGGUUAAGCUCUGUAUUCAACAUUGUCUCUCGGCCUUGUCUGCUGGUUCUAGAGAGUUCCCCGACUGGGCUCACAAGGCCUUGGAACUUCUUGCCAUAGAUACUAACCCUGAUAUGGGCGUCAAUUCUCACCUGGUUGCACAGGUUUCCUAUCUCCUUGCAUCAGACACCCUACAACAGUUCCAUGUUACACCAGUAGGUGGUGCUGUUGAUGAUCUCGUAGAUGGAAUAAGAUCGAUGCAGUUAGGAAGUGAGGAACCAGCGAACAGAUGUAGAAACUCACCAGAUUCAAAGAAGAUGGACGAAGUCAUCCAACAUCUGGACUCGGCAGACGAUGAAGUCCUUUUUGUGGAGACGGACAAUGUUUUUUCUCUUGACAACAAAGCCAGAGGCGUUCGUAACACUGUUGACAAGAAGAGGAAUAAUCAAGAUAGCCCUGCAUUGACCGCAGUCACCCCAGCAACACAGACAAGUACGAAUCGUUUGAAAACACCGGGAAAUAUAAAAAAGAAAUCUGUGUCUUUUCAAUCAGAUAAGACACCGUGCGUUGUUGAUAUAUCUGCAUUAGCCGGGCUUAAGCAGGUGUUCAGGACGCCAAGCAGUGUGUCACGGAGGAAGGCUUUAGAUCUACUGAUGGCGAGUAGUGAUGACGAGGAUGGAUGCACGCCUGCCUCCAACACAACCAAGAGGAAAGUCAGCACUGCUCGACAGGUGACGAGCAAAGCCAUGCGUGUGCCACUUCAGCCGUCAGUCCGUAAAGUAGCCAUGGCGAUCUCAUUUGAAGAUAAUAAUGUGCCACCCUCUCCCGGCAUCAAGACAGUUUCUCGUAAAAGGCUGGCUGGGAAAGCAGCGAGGGUUAGAGUGGAGCCAUUGGAGUCGUGUAAAGUGGCUGAGGUGAUUGCGUUUGAUCGCGUAGAGAAUGAGGAGGCACCCUUACCUGAGAGGAGUGGGAGCAAACAGAAGGGAUCCAAGUCUAAGGCAAAGCGGGCUGCUACUCAUGAUGACGCUGAAACUAGCUCACCUGCUUCAAUAGCUUCUGAGGAUGUUUAUACACUGCCCAUCUCUCCAGUCAGUGAGAAGAGGAAGACAGGUCGAGGCCGAGGGCUGGCUAAAAGGAUCCCGGUGCUCAAGAGAGCAUCAGCGGUUACCAGUGCUGACUGUCUGCAACCAACUGCAGAACUGUUCAUGUCUCACUCUGAUCGUCUCAGGUCAGAUUCACAGUCAUCAGCACCAGGCACUGUAGAACCUGAUCCUGCCUGCGCUAGUCCAUUGAAACCAACUGGAAGGGGCCGUGGCCGUGGCAAGCAGAGUAUACCGACUGCCAAAAAGACUGAUCGUAUUCGAAGAGGUAAGAAUCAGCCAGUUGAUGAUAGUGGCUCGCCCAGUGGUGCUGGAAGUGUGAAACAAGAAGGGUUUUGUGUUGAGCGAGGGCCUUGCAGUGUUGGGAAACGAAAGGGCCUGCCACUUGAGAUAGUGAACGAAUGUAACAAGCCAGGUGGUAUGGUUGGGGGAAGGCAGAAACUAUCCGCUGAACCUCGUCUUGCAAAGUUAACCAAGGGCUCGGGAGGGAGGAAAGGCAGGAAGGAUGAAAAUGUAUGCGUUGAUAAUGUGAUCAGUAUGGUGGAGACUGUUUCACUUGAAACUCAUGUUCCAAAAACAAUGAAGGCCUCACGUGGGAGAAAGUGUGUGGCACGUGCUGCCAAGCUGUCUCCAUCGCCACUUCAACCUCGUCGGACAAGAGGCGGAGCUAAAGAACAAUGCCGAUCAGCGACGAAUCAGGUAGAAGCAGACGUCAUCGCUGAUGAUGUACAAGAAGCUUUAUUGAAUGAGAUCAAUGAGGACUUGGAAAGGACAGAUGUUUGGGGUGAUGAACUAUCUUACAGUCGCACACCUUUGCUUGACGAGUCAAUCGAGAUUUGUCGUGCCGCAGAUAGUGAUGAUGAUGUGAGUGGGAAAGGCAGGGUUAAAAGAUGUGGACGAAAAAAGAACGUUGAGAGGGAAAUAGCGAGGGCAAUGAGAGCAGUACAGCCCGCGGAGGCAGUUUCCAACGUUAACAUGGCAAAAACUAACGCACACAAAAAAGGUGCUUCAGUCCCACAAACACUGCUGCCAUCGAAUGGCAUGAAAGAUCAACUGCUGUAUGGUUUCGACAUGUUACGCCACUUCCCAUCCGUCGCUGAAUACCGUAACAUCUGCCAGGGUUUGGCGCUGUGUUCAUACGGAGAGGACCGAUGGGAGACGGCCUACUAUCUGUCUGAAGCUAUGAACACAACCAUUAGGCAUCAGCAUAUUAUGAACAGUGGCAAGAAGAGAAGACGGCUUGUCCGAGACAAGAUGAACACGACUGACCUAAUGUCUCUUGAGCAUGACGUGACUGAGGAGCUUCUCUUCUGUAAAGAUGUACUCGACCUCAAGACGUUCGUGUCAUCACUGCCGGCCGAGUGGGUCAUCUGUCAGCUAUCAGUACUCCAGCUACCAACCAGCGGCGGCCAGCUGCAACUCUUCCUGACAAGGCUUCAGAAGGGAGAAGAACCAAUCGUCAUCAGGCUGCCUGGAUUCUCUAACACUGCCAGGGAUGACCUCUCUUACUUUGAAGACAUCGUCCUGAACAAAAGUAAACAGUCGAUGGAAGAGUCCAAUCCUUACAACUGGUGGACCAAGAGGAAGCAAUUAUGUGAUCAACUAAAGCAAUUCGUCUAUGACAUAGAGAAUGAUUGGUUUGGGAGUUGGAAGGGCCUACUGCUCGGACAACUCGUCGAUGAUGAUUCCAGGAGCCAUGUAAGAAACCUGGCCAGGAAGUUCCAAGAGGAGGGCAUUAAGAGCUGUGAAGAUGUUGAUGUCGCGGAGGGAAACAGGCACCUUCUUGAGCUCGUGAUUGGUGCAGCUCACAUGCUACAGACACACCAGGUACCAGAUUGGCUACAGACACACAUCAAGAAACCAUCAAUUCUACGUCUCGUCGACAAGGAACAGAAGAGACAGCCGGUCAUCUUGGUCUUGGACAGGCUGCUGCAGAGGGUGCCAUUUGAAUGCCUGCCGGUGCUUCAUGGUCACCCAGUCACCAGGAUGUUCUCCCUCCAUACCCUCAGUGCCCUCCUCACUCAGGCCAAACUCGAUGCAGACAAUGUCUUCAACAACGGGGUGGACCAAGACCGAGGCUUCUUUGUCUUGAAUCCAGAUGGUAAUUUGGCUCAGACCGAGAAAAGGCUUUUGCCAGUUUUUGCAGAAUACAAAUGGCUCGGGAUCAGUGGCGUGAAACCAACACAGAAGCAGUAUAAGACUGCCGUCUCUGACUAUGAUCUCUUCCUCUACUCGGGGCACGGUUGUGGCCGCAAGUACUUGGCCUGUGACACACUGCAGACGACCAAGUGCCGGGCUGCUUCCCUUCUGUUUGGUUGCAGCAGUGCUGCCCUCACUGUUCAGGGAGUCUGUGAAGGAACUGGAACAAUACAACAUUACUUCCUGGGCGGAGCGUAUUUUGUGCUGGGCAAUCUUUGGGACAUCACUGACAAAGACAUCGACAUCUUUGCUGAGCAGUUGCUGUCUCUUUGGCUGAAUGCAGAACCAGGUUCUUGCCUACAAGACUUCAUAUCGGCAGCAAGGGAAACAUGCAAGCUGCCAUAUCUGGUGGGAUCUGCCCCCGUUUGUUAUGGACUGCCAGUGAAACACAAGUGAAAGAGGAGGGAUGUGUUUGAUGUGCAAAUGUUGGAAGCAUACAUGGUCUCCCCUGGCAGUAGACUUUGUCUUCUCUGUCAACAAACUUUGUCUUCCCUGGCAACAGACUUUGUCUUCUCUACCAGCAGACUAGGUCUUCCCUGGUAAUAGACAUUGUCUUCCUUUACAACAGACAUUGUCUUCUCAGUAGGUUGUGCCUUGGUCUUCCUGCAGAUUGUUAUUUGUCCUCCCUGCAGGUUUUGUGUGAACCUGGAAGACGAAAUUCUGUGAUAUCAUUGUUCAAGUUGCCUCAGGAAGAUAGAUUGGUGCAUUUGGUGGGAAAAAGUGGUCAACUUGUAGGUCUGGUUGUUCAUAACAAGAUCAGUAGGUAACAGUUGUCUCCUGCAGUAAAGUCAAGUUACCUUCACGGAGAGUUCACUUCUCGUCACACAACUUGACCUUGGUGUAGCUUAUUUCGUUUGUUCAUAUCUGAUUAUGGAUUGUUAAUUUAUUUUAGAUUGUGUAAUGAAUCAAAAUUUGACUAUAUGGACUCUCCGAAUGUAGUGCACACUUCAUUUUCUAUACGUUGCUGAUAUUCUGAGAGUACGGCCACUUUAGUGAGAAAGGUUUAUUUCGGCACCCUCACAGUCAGAUGGGAUAGGAUUGAUCGAUUGUUUUACUAUAAGCCUGCAUGUAUGUUCUUUUGUCUAGUUUGUAUUUCAAUAAAUUAUGGAUGUGAUAA